AUGGCGUCUAGGCGGAUCCCCGGCUACCCACCGAACUGCGUGACGCUGCUCGUGGACCAAGAGGACGUGGGAGACGAGCGCUCCGCGGUGGAGACGGUGCUGUCCGCACACCAAGAGCUGGGAGAACUGCUGGAAGAGGAGGCCUCACUGGCAGAUCAGGAUGCUCUGAAGGCUUUGCAGUCGCACCGGCACUUGAUGGCCAAGCGGGCCUUGUUCAAAGCCACGAUGUAUGAGAGCAAGCUCAGUGGCUUGCGCGGAAAGGCCGCGCGCGAGGCCUUACUGCUGGCGGAGGACGAGGAACGCCAGGCCGCCGCAGCCUUGGCCGAGCCCAAAGGCUUGGCUGCAGCGCCGGAGGAGGAGGCGCGGGCGGUGCAGCUGCUGGCGGACGUCCGGGAUCGGCUGAGGAGCUUAGGCGCCGAGGCCAUGCGAGGCCAGGCUGAAGUCUUGUUGAAAGGCUUGGGCUUCGUGACGGCAGACCUGCAACGCCCCACGCGGCUGCUCAGCGGCGGCUGGCGCAUGCGGGUGGCCUUGGCCAAGGCACUGCUGGCCAAGCCCAACGUGCUUCUCUUGGACGAGCCUACGAACCACCUGGAUUGGGAAGCAAUCCUUUGGCUCGAACGAUACCUGAUCUCGGACGAGCUCUCAGAGGUGGCGCUGGUGGUGGUCUCGCACGACCGGGACUUCCUCGACAAGGUCAGUACCACAACGCUGCGACUGUUUGACAUGAAGCUGCAAAUCCAUGCAGGCAAUUACUCUGCCUUCGAGGAGGCGCAUCAGCGAGACCAGCAGCACCGUGCCGAUCUGGCAGAGAGGCAGCAGGAUAAGCAGGACAAGAUGGAGAAGCAGAUCAAGGAGAUGGAACAACGGGGCAGGAAGACCAACAACGACAACCUGUUGAAGGCCGUCGCCAGCCGAAGGACCAAGAUGGGCCUGGAUGACAAGCCCUGGUCCUUCAACCGCGUGGGCCUGGAGCGCGCGGGAGGCCACAAGUUCAAGUUCAGCUAUGCCACACACUUCGAAGCGAUGGAGCAGGCCACCGUUGAGAACAAGGAGCACCGAGCUGGGAGUCGAGUCAAGCUGCGCUUGGGACGGGACUUGAGGGAGCAGGCGGUCCACUUGAAGUUGAAGGCGGCCGCGCCGCUGCCCUUCGAGGCCGCGCUGCUGCAGUGUCGAGAGGUGCAGGUGGGAUAUGACAAGACAGCGCCGCUGGUGAGGAAGUUUGAUCUGGACGUCCGCGCGCAGUCCCGCAUAGGAAUUCUUGGGGUGAACGGCAGUGGCAAGACCACGUUGCUGCGAACUUUGGUCAACCAGCUGCCGGUGCUGGCGGGGGAAGUCUACCAGCAACCCCGUGUUGUGGUGGGCUUCUUCGAUCAGCACCAGGCGGAUGACCUGCCGGUGGAUGCAACGCCCCUGGCGGCCCUUUGCGAGCGUGGUCAGCCGAACCUGAAAGAACAGGAGGUCCGUGCUCAUCUUGGCAGCUUCGGCCUAGGGCGCCUGGCGGUGCAACCCAUCAGGUGCCUCUCGGGCGGCGAGCGGAGCCGCGUGGCGCUGGCGGCCGCCACGCUCCGGGCGCCCCACGUGCUGGUGCUAGAUGAGCCGACCAAUCACCUAGACCUUCAGACCGUCGAAGCCCUUGGAGCAGCCCUCAAGGAGAUGGGAGUGUGGGGAGGAGUAGCGGGGGCAUGUUUGUGUUUAUGA